CCUGUCAGUUUCAAAGUGAAUCUCCCUCCCUCUGGGUAACUCUUCAUCCUGGGAGGGAGGCAGAGAUGGGAGGAGGGGAAACUGUUCACUUGUAGCAACUGGAGUGAAUCCAGGGAGGGAGGAGACUCCACAAACUCAGAGUAUUUGAAAAUCUGAAGACUGAAGUUUCAAAAUCAAUGGAUGAAGGGCUGACGCCCGGAACAUUCACUCUCCUGCUCCUCGGAUGCUGCCUGACCUGCUGUGCUUUUCCAGCGCCACAUUUUUUGACUGACUCUCCAGCGUCUGCAGUCCUCACUUUGAUGUCAAUUUCUGACAGUCACUCAAUCCAUUGGGACCACAACAAUUUUUGACUGUGAUUUCUGUGAGAGGGAUCAACACCUUUUGGUUCCUGUUUGAGGACGUUUUCAGCAUCAGUGGGACUGGACGAGAGACCCCACUGUUGCAGCGCACGGUGUGUGGAGCCUGAAACAGUUAUAAAGCCUAGGAAGUGGAUUUCACGGUAGGGAGGGGCUCUACACGUGUCCGUGAGCAGCUGAAGCUCUGGCCAUGGAGAAACCUGAAGAAGCCCGCCCUGUGGAGAAACCGUGGAAGGGUGGUGACUGUGGGAAAGGCUUCCGUGUCCCGUAUGCCCUGGAGACUCAUCAGCAUAGUCACACCGGGGAGAGGCCAUUCCCCUGCACCGACUGCGGGAAGGCCUUCAGCACAUCCUCCCACCUCCGGACCCACAAGCGGGUCCACACGGGGGAAAGGCCCUUCACCUGCUCUCAGUGCGGGAAGGGCUUCAGUACUUCCUCCAAUCUGCUGACCCACCAGCAUGUCCACACCGGGGAGAGGCCGUUCACCUGCUCUCAAUGCGGGAAGGGCUUCACCUGCUCCUCCACCCUGCAGAGCCACCAACGGGUCCACACGGGGGAGAGGCCCUUCAGCUGCCCCGAGUGCAGGAAGGCCUUCAGCACUUCCUCCAACCUGCUGGCCCACCAGCGGGUCCACACCGGGGAAAGGCCAUUCACCUGCUCUCAGUGCGGGAAGGGCUUCACCUGCUCCUCCCGCCUGCGAAGCCACCAGCAUGUGCACACAAGGGAGAGGCCCUUCAGCUGCACCACGUGUGGGAAGGGCUUCACUUGCUCCUCCACCCUGCGGAACCACCAGCGUGUCCACACCGGGGAGAGGCCGUUCACCUGCUCUCAGUGCGGGAAGGGCUUCACUUACUCCUCCACCCUGCGGAACCACCAACGUGUCCACAUGGGGGAGAAGCCCUUCAGCUGCCCCGAGUGUGGGAAGGGCUUCACCUGCUCCUCCACCCUCCAGACCCACCAGCGUGUCCACAUGGGGGAGAGGCCCUUCAGCUGCUCUCAGUGCGGGAAGGCCUUUACCCAUGUCUUCUCCCUGAUGAGGCACCAGCGGAUCCACACGGGGGAGAGGCCUUUCAGCUGCGCAGAGUGCGGGAAGGCCUUUACCCAGGCCUCCACCCUGCUGACCCACCAGCGGGUCCACACGGGGGAGAGGCCCUUCAGCUGCCCAGAGUGUGGGAAGGCCUUUACCCAGGCCUCCAACCUGCUGACCCACCAGCGGGUCCACACCAGGGAGAGGCCAUUCACCUGCUCUCAGUGCGGGAAGGGCUUCAGGUAUUCCUCCCACCUGCUGAUCCACCAGCGGGUCCACACGGGGGAGAGGCCCUUCAGCUGCCCCGAGUGCGGGAAGGGCUUUAGCACAUCCACCAUCCUGCUGAGGCACCAGCGGAUCCACACCGGGGAGAGGCCGUUCAUCUGCUCUCAGUGCGGGAAGGGCUUCACCUACUCCUGCAACCUGCGGAAGCACCAGCGAGUUCACGUGCCUCGCACCGGGGAGAGGCCAUUCCUCUGCACUGACUGCGGGAAGGCCUUCAGACAUUCCUCCCACCUGCUGGCCCACCAGCGGGUCCACACUGGGGAAAGGCCCUUCAGCUGCCCAGAGUGCGGAAAGGCCUUUACCAACACCUCCUCCCUGAUGAGGCACGAGCGGAUCCACACUGGGGAAAAGCCCAUCAGCUGCCCCGAGUGCGGGAAGGCCUUCAGGUAUUCCUCCAACCUGCAGAGCCACCGGCGCGUCCACACAGGGCAGAGGCCCUUCAGCUGCCCCGAGUGUGGGAUGGCGUUUACCCACGUCUCUGCCCUGCGGUGCCACCAGCGGAUCCAUACAGGGGAGAGACCCUUCAGUUGCCCCGAGUGUGGGAAGGCCUUUACCCACGUCUCUGCCCUGCGGUGCCACCAGCGUGUCCACACCGGGGAGAGGCCCUUUAGCUGCUCUCAGUGCGGGAAGGCCUUCAGCGAUUCCUCCCACCUGCUGACCCACCAGCGGGUCCACACGGGGGAGAGACCGUACACCUGCUCUCAGUGUGGGAAGAGCUUCACCUAUUACUCCCAUCUGCUGGCCCACCAGCGGGGCCACACGGGGGAGAGGCCCUUCAGCUGCCCCGAGUGCGGGAAGGCCUUCAUAUUUUUCUCUGUCCUGUUGGUCCACCGGCGGGUCCACACGGGAGACAGGCCGUUCAGCUGCCCUGAGUGUGGGAAGGCCUUCAGCAAUUCCUACAACCUGCAGAGCCACCGGCGUGUCCACACGGGGGAGAGGCCCUUCAGCUGCCCCGAGUGCAAGAAGGCCUUUACCGACCUCUCCGCCCUGGGGAGACACCAGCGUGUCCACACAGGGGAGAGGCCCUUCAGCUGCUCCGAGUGUGGGAAGGCCUUUACCCACGUCUCUGCCCUGCGGAGCCACCAGCGUGUCCACACCGGGAAGAGGCCCUUUAGCUGCCCCGAAUGUGGGAAGACCUUUACUGACAUCUCCUCCCUGAUGAGGCACCAACGGAUCCACACGGGGGAGAGGCCCUUCAGCUGCCCCGAGUGCGGGAAGGCCUUCAGCUAUUCCUCCUCCCUGCUGACCCAUCAGCGGGUCCACACCGGGGAGAGACCGUACACCUGCCCUCAGUGCGGGAAGGGCUUCACCAGCUCCUCCAACCUCCAGACCCACCAGCGGAUCCACACGGGGGAGAGGCCCUUCAGCUGCCCUGAGUGUGGGAAGGCCUUUCGCGAUUCCUCCACCCUGCUGACCCACCAGCGGAUCCACACGGGGGAGAGGCCCUUCAGCUGCCCUGAAUGCGGGAAGGGCUUCAACUGCUCCCCCCACCUGCGGAGCCACCAGCGGAUCCACACAGGGGAGAGGCCCUUCAGCUGCCCUGAGUGUGGGAAGGCCUUUACCCACGUCUCUGCCUUGCGGAGCCACCAGCGGGUCCACACCGGGGAGAGGCCCUUCACCUGCCCUGAGUGCGGGAAGGCCUUCAGCUAUUCCUCCACCCUGCUGAUCCACCAGCGGAUCCACACAGGGGAGAGACCGUACACCUGCUCUCAGUGCGGGAAGGCCUUCAGCAGUUCCUCCACACUGCUGAUCCACCAGCGUGUCCACACCAGGGAGAGACCGUACACCUGCUCUCAGUGCGGGAAGGCCUUCAGCACAUCCUCCCACCUGCGGAGCCACCAGCGGAUCCACACCGGGGAGAGGCCGUACACCUGCUCUCAGUGCGGGAAGGGCUUCACCUAUUCAUCCAACCUGCGGAGCCACCAGCGAGUUCACGUGCCAUCGCAGGGGGAUUGAAGGAGUGACGGCCGAGUGCCAUUAUCGAUUGGACAAUCAACCCGGUUCCGGGGACUCCCGGGUUUGAAUCCCGCCACGACAGAUGGCAGAAUUGGUAUUCAGUCAGAAAUGUGGAGUUCGGAAUCUAACGAUGAGACUGUUUCAGGGAGGGGGUGGUGCAGGGGAGAAAGCCAUUAUCUGAUUCACUCUCUCCCUCGUUAGGGAAGGGAACCGCCAUUGUGGGAAAGGAUACGCUCAGUCGUUCCUGCUGCAUCCUUUACCCGGUCUGGCCUACACGUGACUCCAGACCCACAGCAGUCUGGUUGACUCUACACUGCCCUCCCUCCACUGGCAAAGGAGCGGGGAGAAACUUACUUGGAGACAGAGUAUGGGUUGAAAUUGCUGAGUGAGGCAAUACUUCCUCCAGGUUACGGCUGUACUAAGGAUCCAGUUACAAAGGGACAACUUAGUGCUGACCAAUAGUAAA